AAACGGUGAUUGACCAAUCAGAAAGAUGGAAGAGUCUAGGGCGCUUACGCCAUCUUGUUCACGGGAUUUCCUGGUCUUAUCUAUUUCGAUUCUGUGAAUAUCUCGCUUAAAUGCGGCUUCUGCAUAAUAAUUCACUUCAUGGCUCAAGAGACUCAGCAAAAUGAACCUCGUGGAUCUAUUAGCCUACGAAAUACUCAACUGCAACAUCCCAACACAUUAGCAAUUAUUAAUAAUUACUCAUCUUCUGGGGAAAUUCAUACGAUCCAGAUAUCCAGUUCAUCGGCUAAACUGCCUACGGCAACAUCCAUCUGUUCUUUGUCAGCAAAUAAUCAACCCAUUCAGUACAUUGGACCGGAGGCCAGGACUUUAUGUGUUCCUGUUUGUGGUGCUCAUUCAUCAUAUUCCCAUUCGAUUGUGCACCGUGCAUCCCCCAAUUCAAAUGUUGGAUAUAAUCCUGGAUCAAUGACUCAUGCUCACUGCAGCACUCCUGCUAGCCAGCCUGAUAUGCUUGAAACAUUGCUAUCCAGAAAUGUAUAUAAUACACAGAUUCAUGCACAGAAUCACUCUCCGCGUGUUCUCGGUCCGUCAAUAGUCGUAACCAACAUACCAAGUCAAAAUCCAUCAAUAAUGAGUAGUCCUGCCAAUAUUCGCAACGCGGCUCCUGUUUCAAGCAGUCACUCAAUAGGUCAGACAUAUACAGCCACUACUAGCGCCCCUUCUGUGGUUGCAACAGAUCCAGAAAAACGUCAACUCAUCCAACAGCAGUUGAUCUUAUUACUUCAUGCUCGCCGUUGUCAGCGCCAAGAAGAUGAGAGCAAUGGACGAAUAAGCCAAUGUACAACACCCCAUUGCAACACAAUGCGUGGAGUUUUACAACACAUGACUUCAUGUACACAAGGUAAAAAUUGCCAAACGCCACAUUGUGCUUCCUCUCGUCAAAUCAUAUCACACUGGAAGAACUGUAACAAUCGGGAAUGCCCUGUGUGUGAACCUUUGAAACAAAACCAACACUACCAACGUAAUCAAAUGAUACGUCCGCCUCAAAACUCAACUCAGGUACAUCCAGUCACGAAUCGCGUUCCCGAAGUAAAUGGUGUUGAUUCCAGUCCUCAUUCCUGUGCUGCUCAGCAACCACCUAGCCAACCUUUUCGAGCCACUCCCAUCGCUAGUGUUCCUGUUAACACAGCUGUUACACGAGCACCUGGCUCAGUCAUCCCCAGUACUCAGAUCUCAGAUGCUUCGAACUUAAAUGGUGUCAGUAGUCAUGUCGCAGUGAACUGUACUCCUGUUGAGCAAAAUGACUGGCGAAAAGGUGUGGAUAUAUCUCAACGUAAUCAUGUUGUCCGCAGAAUGUGAGUGGUAGAUUUUAUUUAAUUUAACAUUUAGUGCUUUAUUUAACAUCCUCAGUUGUGUUUACAAUCACUUUCAGUAAUACUUGUUUAUGCAUAUAUUCGUUUCCUUAGUGUUGGCUUUAUUCCGUAAAAUAGUUACAAGUGCUUUUUUGAAACUUAGAAAAUGUUUCGGAGAACCAGCUUCAUUAGUUUGCAUUCCUACUGUGCAGUGGUGACCUACGAGUUCUGUAAUUUCCUGAAAACCAGUCGGUUGUUUCCUUCGAUGUCUUCCUGAGUCACUCAUAUGUCGGAUGUCUUAUUACCACUUACACUUGAUACUUCUACUAUUAGAUUUAGCUUGGCGGUUUCAUGUCGCUGUUCUAGUGGAAUGUAACUCCUGGCAUACACCCAUGUUCUAGGUUUUACGUUGUAUAUAACGAUGCCUUCCUAGUUCGCUUGGUACUCCUUGGACUUGGUUAGCCCAAAAUUAGGUAGAAUUUCAUACUUGUAUAUGUGGUUUCCUAGCUCUUGUCUCCUCAUCAACUACUCCAGGGAGAUGUCAAUACUUUCUUAAAUCCAAAGAGUACUUCAUGAUGUUUACGAUUGUUGAUCUCUAAAUAUUCUGUCUUUAUUAAGAGCGUGUUCGGUCUUGCCGUGUACUAAAAUCUGAGGUGAGUUACUCUGUGAUUUCUAAAAUUUAGGCCUGUAAUUUGGCAAAAAUGAGACUGGAUACGUGUUGGCCGGUCAGUUUAUAGUAGUAAUAGAAAUGUCCUAUAGGAAAGUACUAGGUUAACUUGACGAUUAUGUUGUCAAAUAGUCCUAAACAUCUACCUGCUUUACUAUUGCUCUAAUUUGACCACUUCAUUUGGAUCCCACGGUAUUUUUCUCUCUUGUAGUAGUCCUCGUUUCUUGGUCUCAUUUUUGACUUGAAGCCAGUGUUUUCAAAUUGUUAGUGUUUCUUGACCACUGUAAAAUUUAUAGCUUUACUUUUUUGCUAGAUGUACCAUGGUACAAACGACUAUCGCGUGCAAUGUUCUUUCAGAUCGAUUUGUUAUGUCACUAAGUGAUUGCCCGAUUAUUUCGUUCGUGGAGUCACGAUAUUUUUCUCCUUUGUUAGGCGUUGAUAAUGAGAAAAUAUCUGAAUUGUUAUCGCAUCAUUCCAAGUCAUAUUAGGAACCUAUUGUAUGAAUACAGUAUGUCGUGUUUCGAAAUUAUUAAGCAGUUUUUAGGUCGAAAUUAGUGCUAAAUGAAACAAGUUAGUAGUUGUUACCGUACGUUGACCAAACCAUCUGAAUCUUGAUUCAGGUCUCAAAACUCUAAGAGCUUUUUUACUUGCUAAUUGUUUUGAAACGUGAUGCCAGUGCUAACAUCGAACCAAUUACCAUUUAUCCCUUGAUUAUAAGACUAAACGAUUUGGUAGUGUAUCUUUUACUAUUGUUUUCUGCUUCAACGUUAAUAUUGUUAUCAUUAUUCAUGCUUUCUUAUGAUAGCUUGUUUUUAUUGUGGAUUGUAUCUGUUCUGGUUGCUAUUUUAUUGAGGCAUCCUACGUCUGCGAGUUGUGUUAUGAGUUAAGGUAGUCGGGAAAGAUUCAGAUAAACGAUAAGCCAGCUCAGGUCAAUUAUCUCGGUCAUAUUUACUCAGACGAGAUUCAGUAAUAUCAGAUACGAAAUAUGGUAAAAACACUUGUCACGUCACAACUUGAUGAUGGUUUUUGAAACUUUACAGCAAGACGACUUGAAGUCUUCAAGUAUGUCUGAGCCACCACAUAUCACAAUUGGAUACAGUCAAGAAAAAUGCAAACGAUUAGGAAAUGCUUGCAGGAGUUGAAUAUUUGAGUGGUCAAACGUAAUGGGUAAAGUCGAGGAGUGAGAUGCGUCAAAUAGCAUUUAGGGCCUGAAGGAGGGUAACUGAAUCAUUUUCAGUUAUGAAGGUUCACAUUUACUGAUUAUCGAUGUCCAUCGGACCAUAUUUAUUUAUUUAUUUUAACACAUAGAUAUUGGUACAAGAAUGCACCAAAUACAUAUGCGCCACACAAAUCUUAUUCGAUAUGUGUGAGGGCUGUGAUACUGCCCGGGUGCCCAUACCGAAGCAGGUGGUCUUCUUAGGGGCCACACCCCGAGCCUUUGACCUAAAGGUCUAACCCACAAGGCAGUGGAGCAUCGUAAGGAGAUGCAGUCCCAUGGUAGCCGGUGACCAACAAUUGGUCCAUACGCCAUUUGUUCCCGCAGGAUACUGGAGCCAGCCCAUGUGCACCAUUGGUUUGGGAUCCGGUUAAAGGACCGGACAUUCGCUUUUCGUCCUCUCAUUUUUGUAAAUAACACCCCCGCCACGAGAAGGCAGUGAGUAGGACUUCCCUGGCAGAGGCUAUAUACGCGUGGCCAUGUGAGAGCAUUUCGAGAGGAAGAGCGGACUUUCCCCACUCUCGGCCGUACCAGGGCAUUUGGGGGCAAGAAGAACUGUAUCUACCCUACAUACGUUAAAUAUAUCUUUCUUCACUUCAUGUGCUAAUGUCAUGUUAUUCUAAUCACUAUCGUUCAUUUUCCGACCUAUCUAGCAUAGCUUGCUGUGACAGGCGGUAACCAGUCUAUUAAAGCUUACUUUCCAAAUAAUUUGCUCAAUUUAUCCAACACGUCUGAUACUAUCCUUUCUCGUCCUACCACUAACGGUGCACCGAAAGCACGAUCUAAUAAAUGUUUUCUAUCCACAUGGCCGUCUAUUAAUUCGAAUCAAACUGCCGAGCGGUGUACUAGUCCUUUCGUAAGCUAACAGACAGGUAGCACUAGUUGGCAGUAAGAACUUUGUAACCCUUUUGUAUCCGUGCGUAGGUCUCAGUAACUAACGGGUUUGACUAGACUCGAAAUAUUUAAUACAAUUAGUGUCCUCACUUAUUUCGCUUCCCAAAGUUGGAAUUGAGUAUUGGCACAAACUUGUCCUUAGGUAACAUUUUGAACUUCAAAUCAAAGGAAGUCGUUCCGAAUAAUUCAAUGUUAUCGCUUUGAAGUUAGCAUCUGGUUAAGUUAAUAAAAAUUCUCGAAAACACCAGUCUGUGAAAAGCAAGAAAUUUGUCUGUGACAGUAAAAUUAGGAAGAGAUAGAUGUGGUCAGCUCUAAUUACCCGACCAAGUGUCCGAGAAAAAAAGCCUCUGGUUUUCCUUUCGAUGAUAAACUGCCAAGAUACGCUAUAUCGACAGACCGAAAUCCAAAUAAAUAUUAGGUGAUAUUUCAAAAUCAACUAUUCGACCUUAGAUUUGCAGCAUUAUCAACAAUCGUGAGAUCAAUAAGUAAAUGGUUGGGGUUAAACUUUUUGUUUUUCUCAUCUAUGCUCUAGUGUUCCUGCCACUAAGUUCUGUAUCAAUUUAUAAGGUAGAUCUCAGUAACCAUACCACUAUCACUUAGCAAUUUUUCUUAACAAUUUCAUUUUGUCGUGCCAACGUGGUGUGACAACUGGAAUCGAUGUACGUUUGUGUCACUUCCUACAAUACAUAUGUCUAGCUGACGCAAAAAUCCAUUAGUUUUUAUGUUAGCUCAAUUACUCAGUCAGCCUCCUUGGUGCCUCCUAUAAAAAAUAGGAGGUUUCACAAUGUUAAUUGUGUGAUCCAUCGGGCCAGGAAAGAAAGUUAUGUACAUAGACCACCUUGAGAACUUCAUACUUUGACGUUGGUCGUCAAGGGGUUGACUUUGAUGUAAGAUGAUGAUAGGUGAACGCGAAAUUCGAAAUUUGGCACAGUAAUUGUUCGAAGUUAUUAUUUUUUGACCCAACUGGUCUAUUGUUCCAGCUACGUCUAUCAGCCUGUCUUGUGCUCAUUGGUCAACGACUACCAAUCUACCUAACGAAGAUGUCCUCAACUCCAGAUCAUAAGACGCCACAAGUUGCCAAGCCCAAACAACCUACCCUAAACCUUUUGUGGAUGGUGGCGAACUUCCGGUCAUGGAACUAAUUGGGUUUGCAGGUGUUUGUGAAGCAGUUUCCUAACACCUUAGAAUAAAGCGUCAUUCGUCCCCAUUUCUAAAAAGGGUUUACGUUAUGUAUUCCAAAAGUUAAGUUUCAUCAUAUUUCGCUGACUAUUCAAACUCCGUGGAAGGCUGACUCACAGAGACCAGACUGGGUUUGUCGUGAAUGUGUUGUUUAUAUCUCUAUCCUCCAUCAAAUGUUAAGACAUCGGUUUACUUAUUACAGGUCAAAAAUCGUUUUUUUUUUAUAAUCGGGCCGCCUUCGAUUCGUUGGACCAGGUCUGUUAUCUGGGAUUGUUGUGGAGGUAUGUUUCUAAAAAGGUUAUGUAUACGAGGGCUUCAAGUAAAAUGAUGGUAUACAAUUACCUCUCCGUCGUUAAGGAGAGUUACUCGACUUCACUGUUCCUUUUGAAUUCUUCUGGCAAUGAUAUUUUGGAGACAUUUCUGGUGAGAGCUCGUGGUGUGGAUCUGUUACACAUAAAAAGGCUUUUUGAUAUCGUAUAUUACUGUGUUUUAAAACAACUUAUCCAGGCAGUAUUUAGUUCUCGUAACCAGGCCAUGCACGUUGCGGCUUCCAAAUGCGAAGCAAUCUUACAGGACUUGUGCCUGUUCUCUCUGUGGUAAUAUAUCCCAAGCUGUCGGGAAGUUCGUGUGUCUGAGUAGUCGUGUAAGUGCUGCUAGUGGCAUGGGAGAUAAAAUCGGUGGUUCUGUUCGGUCGUCGUAUUUGGAGAAUUGUUAACAUCUAUGUUAGCAAUGCUGAGGUUCUCGUUCUUUGUGUCACAAUCAUGGGACACCGCUUUUAGUGGGUUAAAAAUGUAUGAAUGUCAUCCCAAUGACUUCCACGAUGUUCGUUGGUUGUUGACGCUGAGAUUGGGUGAAAAAAGCGACAGUCAGUGUAUAAUAAAACACCUUGGUAUGGUGAAAAGCUAUGUAGGGUUGCCGUCCGCCAGUUCGUUACGACCCCGUGGUUGAGGUCCUAGUGAUGGUGUAACUCUGGCUUGAGAAGUUAUCUCAUAUCUCUCGGAGUAGAAAUCGAUAGCAACCUUAUUGUCGUUUUCCGUACUAUUCAUAAAAAUAAGAACCCUCAUCUGAAAAAAGUUAAUUUUACUGCUUUCAACUGACCUUUUUCCGUACAUUAUUCUUACCUAUUUCAUGAUUUAAAUCCAUACUCUUUUAUUUCUUCACAACGUUAUCUCUUUCUUGUGUGUGGUACGUAUUUUUUGUUAUUCAAUCGUACCUGAUUUUAUGAGUGCAACACGAAAUAAAUAGUUCUAGGAAAGCAUGGGAUUCGGUUAGACAAACCUCCAAGCUGAACUAUUUCACCAGUAUCUCUCAUGGUUAGAUUCUUUAAAGUGACCACUCAAUUUUAUCAUGUAAAAGUCUACCUUUUCAAGUCCUAUGAGUUCUAGUGCUUUAUGUAAACUGCUACUAGAUUGUCCUCCAUGACCACAUUUGUGCUCGUAGUUCUUUAUUUUCAACAUGAAUCCCCAGUUUGCACAUGUCGGUUCAGCUGCAUUAUCAACAAUUUUAGUGUGCAGCUAGCUAAACUUCACAGACGUACGCAAACUUGUAGAGCUUGUCAUACCAUCGCUUUAUCAUACCAAGUAAAGGUUUUUCUGAUUUAACACUAUUACUCUCCCUUAAUUACUAAACCUUUUCUUUUACAGUGUACGUUUCAUUUUCCCGUUUCCGGAUCCUGCUGCUUAUUCAGAUCCAAGAAUGCGAAAUCUAAUCGAAUAUGCACGCAAAGUUGAACGCGAAAUGUAUGUUACUGCUACAGAUAUUGAUCAUUAUUUUCAUUUGUUGGCUCAGAAGUGUUACAAGAUACACCGUGAGCUAGAAGAAAAACGUAAAAGCCGCCAACUUGGAGUGGACAGUUCAGUAGGGAGUUCUCAGUCUGUAGUAACAUCAUCUUCUGCUGUUAACUCAUCGCAAUUGAAUCAGAGUUUAUCCACAUUGUCUAAUCAGUUAGCUUCACCGUCCAAUUCAGUUUCUUCUACAUUAGGUUCUUGCACAGCAAGCAGAGUUCCGAACUCCAAUAUUACCAACGGCAACUACAAUUCUUCAACUGAGAGCUAUGAAAUGAAUUCAUUUGCAACUCAGGAUUUAAACAACUCAGAAACCGACAUGUCAAGAUUCGAACAUUAUUUACAAAAUGCUUGCAAUCGUCAUCGUUUCAAGUCAGAUUCAGGAACAGCAGGAUCUUCUGAUUCACCUGUUGUAUCCUCAUCAGUUACAAGUCUGAAAACCGCCACGUUACAGUCCAGUAUUAAAUCAACAAUAGAAGAUACCAAAAUGGUCAGCACUCCAUCUGUAGCUGCCCCAGGAGAUGGCAUCCUUGUUAAAAGCAAAGUAGUAAAGGUUGAAAUGAAAGCUGAUGAGACGCCAUGUAACGAUCCACCAGUGAAUAAUGACUCAUUUUCUGUGGACAACACAUCAAACCUUAAUUCAAGCAGUGUCUCAUUAGCUUCAAACAUGUUACCUGUAAAACCAGAUGAAAGCAAGUGGAAAAAGUGGUCACGCGAAGAGCUUUUGCGCCAUUUCCUCCAGUUGCAUGAAGAAGUAUACAAUGAUAAGUAUGCAGAACCUUUCCGUGCUCCAGUCGAUCCAGUAAUGCUACAUAUACCUGAUUAUUUCCAAGUUAUUAAAGAACCUAUGGACCUUACGACUAUUCGAAAUAAUUUGGAGGAUGGUAAGUACACGGACCCAUGGCAGGUCGUGGAUCACUUUCGACUGAUGUUUAAUAAUGCAUGGCUGUACAACAAAAAAACCUCCAAGGUUUACAAGAUGUGCACCAAGUUGGCAGAACUUUUUCAGAGUCGCAUAGAUCAGGUCAUGCAAGCAAUGGGGUUUUGUUGUGGUCAGGAUUAUGAAUAUCAACCUCAGGGUUUGUAUUGUUCUUCUUCAAAUUUAUGUACAAUAAACCGGGAUGCUACUUAUUUCGUCUACAUCAACAAUGAUAAACAAAUCGGCCUCGUAUGUGAUAAAUAUUAUCAAUGUGAAAAAUGUUUUAGCGAAGCUGGGGAUGUAAUUAUAUUAGCUGACGAACCAAAUCAAUCUAUCCCGAUUAAACGAGAGAUGUUUGAGAAACGAAAGAAUAAUGUGAAGGAAAAAGAAGAAUUUGUUAUUUGUGUGGAAUGUGGUAGACGAUGGCAUAAAGUCUGCGCCUUGCACAUGAACGAAAUAUGGCCAAGUGGAUAUAUUUGUCCUGGUUGUUUACGGGAGCGCGGUAUAAAGCGGAAAGAAAAUCGGUUCACUGCUAAGAAGCUACCCGUAACGCGCUUGAGCAAUUUCUUAGAAAAGCGUGUUAACGAUUUCCUUAAGAAAAAAGAAGUUGGUACUGGAGAAGUUACUAUUCGCGUGCUGGCAAGUUCUGAUAAGGUUGUAGAAGUUAAACCUUUAAUGCGUGCAAGAUUCACUGAAAGUGGCGAGUUGUCUGAAUCGUUUCCUUAUCGACUGAAGGCUGUGUUUGCUUUCCAAGAAAUCGACGGCCAGGAUGUGUGUUUCUUCGGUUUGUACGUGCAAGAAUAUGGUUCAGAAAGUCCUCAACCCAAUCGUAGAAGGGUUUAUGUUGCUUAUCUAGAUUCAGUCUUCUUUUUCCGACCAAAACAAUAUAGAACAGAUGUGUAUCAUGAGAUUCUCGUUGGUUAUCUUUUGUAUGCAAAGCGAUGUGGUUAUGCGAUGGCACACAUAUGGGCUUGUCCACCUGGCGAAGGCGACGAUUAUAUUUUUCAUAUGCAUCCUACCGAGCAAAAGAUUCCCAAAGCAAAGAGACUGCAGGAGUGGUACCGUCGGAUGCUUCAAAAGGCUAUCAUAGAAGGAAUUGUGGUGGACUACAAAAACAUCCUGAAAGACGCAUUAGACCAUCAACUUGUGUCACCUACAGAGAUCCCUUAUUUUGAAGGUGAUUUUUGGCCAAAUACACUUGAAGAUAUUCUUAAGGUAAGUAAAUCUGUCAUAACAGUAUUUUCGUCCUCUGCAUUAGCGUUUUCAUGUGUAUUGUUGGUCUUGACGUAAGUGCCUCUUUGCAUUGCACAACUAAUAUUGAUUUAGAUUUUCAGGUUUAUAAUUUAUUUUUUCCAGUAAGAUUUUUGGAUUCAUCCCAAAGUUUUCCCCUGUUAUUGUUUAUCUUCUUUAGAAGAAAUCGUUGUGACGAGUUAUCAUCACUCAGUUACUGCCUAGAUUUUCGAAAAACAUGGAACUCAUAUUCUCGACGAUUGUCUUCAUAACUUGAGGAAUUCUAGACACCAGUAACUGUUCAGUCAGUCAGUAACAACGUAGAACCCCGUACGUACGUACAUCAGUUCGAGUCGCCAUACCACAUUAACACGAAGAUGCAGUUGUCGAUUCAAAUCCCGUAGUGGUAGAGGUAGUAAAAUUAUAGGCAGUAAUCGGAAACAUUAGCGUUUAAAGAUGUUAUUCAAGGAGUAUAAUCUAGUGAAGUAAAUUUGGAAAGCGGAAAAACGGGACAUGAAUUCAGAAGAUGAGAAUUUGAGAGAACACAAAGAGUAGAUGCAUCUGCACCAUUGCAAAUGAUUUUGAGUCAUGUCAUUCAGGGUCUCUAACCAUCAGUUGCUAUCGUCUUGCGGAUCCCAACCAGGUAGUCUACACCUGCUAAUAUGUCUCAGUUCAUUUGUCAGUGACUUCAUGGACUUGUGCAGUCGGUGGUUGGGCAUACGUAACACGUCCCAGCCAUCUCAACUGAUGAAGUUUCACUACUUCAUCAAUUGCUUUGCCAUCCUCAUCUGGCACCUGUUUCCUAACAACUCCAUUACUUGGUGGUUCCAGGAUAUACGAGCAAUGUUUCGAAAACACCUAUGGUCGAAUACUAGCAGCCUUCGAAUAUCCUCUACUCUUACUGGUCAUGUUUCACUGCCAUAAAGUAGGACAGAACGAACUGCUGCACAGUAAACUCGUUCUUUGGUUGGUUAACGAAUAUCUCGACUACGCCAUAAAUGACGCAAGUUGGCAAAAGCUAGUCGAGCCUUCUGUUUCUGUGCUGAGAUUUCGUCACACACCAUACCACAAGGGUUGAUGAGACUUCCAAGAUAUUUGAAGCGGUCGACACGCUCAACUACUUCACUCCCUAUCAUUGGUCCGGGUGUCGAUGCAACCCAAUCCUGAUGAUAACUUACAGAUUAGUAGCCUAGUGUCGAAACCAUAGACAGGUUUUUUUUUUAAACGGAAGAUUAAGCAGUAGCAAGUGACAUGUUUUUUGUUAGUACACUUUGUGCUCAUGUCGUAGUUCUAAAGUUUUAACUCGUUAAGUUCUUUUAUUUCUAAUUACUACAACUUCCAGCAGCUACUCAGAUCUACAUAGUUUCAAGUUGAUAUCACUUGAAUACAUGCCAUGUUUCCUAUUUGUUUUGUGUGACACUGUGUCAUCGACUUGAUGAUAAAGGUCACUAAUGAGUCUUAAUUUUUCCGUUAAAUGUUGUAAUUCAGAUUCAGGAACUGAUCUAAGUGAACCCGUAAGUCACCUUUACUACUCUUGUUAGCACCCAUCUUUCUAGUCAACUAGUCAAAAAUACCUGUAGUGAUUAUUUGACUAACUGACAAUUAAUGUAGGGCCCGGUAAGAAUGUAUUAGCCUAAGUAGUCAUACUUCAAAUUUUCCUCAACAUAAUUGAGUCAGUGCGAGUAAAAACCACGUUAAGAUGAUAACAGUAAGCUUGUAGCACUGAAAGAGGUUUCCUGACUUCAAUCAUAAUUCAGUUUUACGGCAGUGUUUUCUUAUCAACUUAGAGACUUCUGCGAAUAUCCAUUCUUAUUGUUUUCUACACUUGGCCUCUAAUUGUUGCGUAAAGUGUUGUUUUUAAGUAUUCAGUUUGGAUUAUAUUCCCUUCUGCCAAUAACCAAAAUUCAAUACUGGUAGAAAGUACAAAGGAUAUACAUUAACGCCAAAAUGUACUUGAUAACAAGAAAAAGAGAUCCCUAUUGACUUUUUGGACAGUUGUCAAGCGACGAACACGCGAAAAAUCGAUCUACUUUGCAAAAAGUGACAACUUUUUGUUGUUGUUUCGGUCCGAUUCAAUCUUUACUUCAGCUGUUGCAGCACGUUUUAGUAGUCAGUGAUUUUAGAUUUAUAAUACAACCCAAUAAUCUCUGAAAACGUUCAUAACCUUAUCUUAUUUACUCCCCUUAGUUAUUACUCUAUACCUAACACUCAUUCUUCGCUUUUCCUACUACACUCAGGUAGUUUCAGAACCACAUUAUCGAAUAUCUGUGAUCUGUUCACAUUUUUCAGCGAUUAUGUCUUAGUACUUUAAAGUAGAACGAGAGCGAUUUCUAUUUAUUGUGCUUUUGUACGAGACAUCAGGGCAUAUCAUGCUGCUACGGUUGGUAUUGGUUGACCAAUGCUGAGUGCAUUUUUUGUAUCUGUGAUGUCUUGUAUCAGGGUCACUGUGGUCUAAGUGAUCAUUGUGAUCAGCUAUGAAUUUUCCUUCUAGUGAAUUUGGAGCUACUUGACCGCUUUGCUCCCAUCAGAAGUCUCUUCAUUGAUGUAUAAUAAAGUAGUCUGAAAAGAUGAACAACAUGAUCUUAUUAUUAAGCUGUUUGCUUUCCUAUUGACAGGAGUUUUCUGUUUGACAAGUAUUUUCGUUAUACUUAAUAAUGUGACUGGCGUUAUUCUGAAAAUUCAAAGCAUCCAUAAUCGGUAUUUAUCCAUAUUGUGUUUGUAUCAGAAUAAACUAUUCACAAUUGAUAUCUCUAAAGCGUUCUAAAUUUUGUAUUAGUCAUCUUGGUCCCAUCUUCAUCCAAGUUUUUGUGUGACGUUUUUUAUCGCUUCUUUCUGAUACCGUUACAAACUCACUUGUGAUCUGUAUAAUAAAGUUACUUUUACAAGUUCUAAUUGUUUGAUUGAUAUUUCUCAUCCUUAUUUCACAGGAACUGGAAGAGGAGGAAGCUCGUCGGCGUCGUGAGGAGGCAAUGGCUCAGGCAGAGGCUGAAGAUGAUGAAGCAGAUUGUUCAAGCUCCACUAAUGAGGGGCUACCUGGAGAUCCUGAUAAGCGCAGUGGUAAAAAGAAGGCUAAGAAACGCAAAGGUAACAAGAAAGGCAAUACAUCAACUGCAAGUAAAAGAAAACGCCUGGAUGGACCAAUAGACGGUGCUGAAGAACUUUCACGGAAGGUGUACGAUACUAUGGAAAAAUUAAAAGAAAUAUUUUUUGUGAUACGCCUUCACCGACAUAACUCGGCUGCCUCACUUCCACCCACCACUGAUCCAGAUCAACCUGUACAUAGUGAGCUAAUGGAUAGUCGAGAUGCGUUCUUACAGAUGGCCCGGGAAAGGCAUUUAGAAUUUUCAUCUUUGCGUCGUGCUAAGUAUUCUUCUAUGGUCCUGUUGUAUGAACUGCAUAUGGAAUUGCGUCAAAGCUUUAUGUAUAACUGCAAUGUUUGCGGUGCUCAGAUCGAAACUCGAUGGCAUUGUAAUGAGUGUGAAGAAUAUGAUCUGUGCUCUCGUUGUUAUAAGACAGAAAAUCAUCCACAUCCUAUGGUUCAAUAUGGUCUUGGUAUAGAUGAAGAUUCAGGCACAAAUGAAGAAACAGGUGAUAGACCCAGUGGUACUGGUGCUACACCUGAUCGUCGAAUCAGCAUAGAAGGAUGCAUAAGGUCUUUACUUCAUGCUUGCCAGUGCCGGGAUGCAAAUUGCCGCAUGCAGACUUGUGCUCAGAUGAAACGAGUUUUAUGCCACACUCGGAACUGUACCAAAAAAGCGACAAAUAGUUGUUUGCUCUGUCAACAGCUGUUGUCGUUGCUAUGGCACCAUGCUCGAAGUUGUGAAGAGUCUAAGUGUCCUGUCCCCUUCUGCUCAAACAUAAAGUAUAGAGUUAAGCAAAAGCUAUUGCAGCAGCGGUUGCAACAAAAUAAGUUGCUCAGACGUCGUAUUUCGACAAUGCACCGAGGAGCACUGCCAACCAGUGAAUCACAACCUCCUACACAAAGUUGUCCUACCUCUGUAAUAGCAUCUAUCUCUUCUACUUCCUUAAAUCCAAGUAGCAUUAAUUCAGUGCAUCAAACUCAAUCUCCCAUUCACCAGUCCUUAACCACGAACACAGUGAGAAACCCACAGUUAUCUACUUCCUCAAACUCAGUAGAAAAACCUCUAAGUAAUACUACCCCUGUGAGUUUUCAACCACAAACUCAGGUACAACAACAAGGUCCAGUGUUGCUUUCCACGGGAAAUCCUCAAUAUUCGCAGCCACCUCGUAUCCCAGUACCGACUGUCGCUUCUCAGAACAAUCAGGGUGCAAACCCACGUCCACCUGUUGUAUGUUCUUCAUUAAUGCCUUCCGGAGGUCGUGUCAUAAUGCAGCCACCAAUAAAUACAGGCCCCGUACAACGUACAAAUACUCCAGUCACUGUAUCCGUCACUUCAGGUUGGCGACCUCGCCCAGUAAUAGCUACUGCAUCUCAAGGUACAGUUCACUCGUCUACCGGACAACAGUCACAAGCGCAGCCAACUUCUGCAACAUCAACUCACUCUUCUGUGUCUGUUCUUAACCCUGUAAACAGUCAAAAACCAACCAUAUCUAACAAACCUACGCAAGUUGAGAUAGACCAUGUUAGUCAAGUAAUUAGCCUUAUUAAGGCUACCGGGACUUCAAGCGAUGAACAAAACCGUCGGGUGAGCAACUUACUGUUUUUAAAAAUGUUGACAAAUCGUUUCUUUCUGUUGUGUUUGUAUACAAAACAUGCUCACUACAUAAGCCGUAAGCAUAAAUAUUGUAAAGCUUGGGUGAGUUAUUGGGUAAUUUUUGAACACAUGAAUAUGCUUGCUAAUAUAUUACCAAUCGAAAUUCCUUAUAAUGAGUAUCAUUGAGAGUAUUAAAUUGAUAGGUAGCUCAUGAGGAAAUUAAACUCGUUUACUUUCACCAUACGAUACAUGUUAAUUUUCCUUAAAAUUGUAUUUAUAUUAGGUGAUGCGUUAAAUGGCACUGGAAUAUUGCUAUUGAUUUUGAUAUCGGUUACACCACUGUUUUAUUAUUUUGCCUGAUAAAUGGGAAACGAACUUCACUAACCAAUAUCUACUUGUUUAUUUGUUUUUUAAAUAUUGUUUUUUUUAUUCUCUCAUAGUUCAUCGCAUGGAUCAAACGCCAUCCCGAGUUUCAUGCUGCCUUUUUUGCUCUACAUUCGCAACAUAAACAACAAGCUGAGCUACGUGCUCAAGCAAAUCAAAGGCGUGUGACUACUUCGGGAAGUAUGCCUGGUACGUCAUCACUAUCUACGAGUUCUGCACUUGCAACUUCCUCAAUAUCUGAUGCCUCCCAAUCUCUUCUAGGUUCUAGUGGGGUUUCGGGUAACGUUGUUAUCGUUCCAUCAUCUGUUUCCGCUAAUUCGAAUUCUCAGAACACAGGAUUAAAUCGAACCCAAAAUAUAAACAGUCUUUCUACACCCAUGUCGUCCAUGUCUGUCGUUACUGGUUCAACCUCUUUAGGUUCCACUCCUGCUGUGAUGCAUCAACCUGUUCAGUGGAUUUCUAUUCAAUCACCAAUCACUACAAAUCAUCACCAACCGUUAAUUACUGGAUGCACUGCACAACCAAUCCAAACUGUCCCAAACACUACGACUCUGCGUUUCCGAGCAGUUCCGGGCACUGCGACAUUAGUGCAGUCACAACCACAACAAGUACAGCAUUUCUAUAAUACGACUCAACUUGGUCCAGACUCUGCGUUCAGUGGCAAUGAACCUGGAUCUAACAUGUUUGUUUCAGCUACUGGUUCCAAUAUAUUGUCUGUAGGAAAUCAACAGUCUCAAGUUCUUAGUGCUGUUCCUCAGCGCUUAACCCCAGCUUCAAGUUCAAAUAUGGGUCGUCAGUCCUCUACACCACAAGCAGCUAUUGUACACUUUAGAUCACAACAACAUCAACCCUUGAGUGGUACAGUGAAUGCUAUGCAACCUCACAUAAUACUUACUAACACAACCGCUCCUGCAAGUGGCCCAACCCACCUCUCUCACCAGUCCCAACCACAACUUGUUUCUGCCACUUCCAAUGGUCGUCAGGUUGUUGCUUUAAUGACUCACCAAAAUAUUCCUCAUACAAAUGUUUCUGAUCCAGGAGCCCCUUUACGUGAUUCUGGUUCCAAUAAUUCUGCUAAUAACCUUGGCAACGGCAUACAAUGAUUUCUAUCUUUAAACGUAGAGAGAACACUUUCAUGUUGCUGGCUGUGUAAGUAAUUUUAAAGCUGUUUUUGAGCUGACAUGACAUGGUCAUGUUUUCUGUAUCAAUCCAAGUGCUAGUUAAUUUAUCCCAAAUUACACUGGUAAAAACACAUCCUAAUUGCAGGCUCAAACUAUUAUUCAGGGAGGGGACUUUUAAUAAAUGCUCCAUGUCCCUUCAAUCUAACAACUUUGUGAUUCGUUAAACUUUAACGUCGCAUUUAUGUUAAUUUUGAUUCCUGAAUUUCCAAGCCAGUUGUGUGCAUUCUUUCACUUUGUUCCGGUGGUCGUUCGCUCUGUUUGGUUGCUGCGCACAUUAUUUUGAUACAUUUUGUAGUUACCCCUCCCUGAUUGGCAGUGCUUACACAUCAAAUGAGUUUAUAAUUCCCGAGGAUAUUCAAAAUAUUUUUCCUGUUGUCUUUAUUUCCUGUUUAUUGCGGUCUUCGGAACGAAUUCACAACUCUAUCAGAUCUUACGAAAUUCACUGGUAACGAAUGAUUUGUUUACUUUUAGAUUCAAAUUUGUUUUCUUAUUUAAAUGUAUGAGCUAAUCUUUUGUAGCUCAUACUUUUCUUUUCUUCAGCUUGUUCUAUCAAAUCAGGUUGAAGUGUGUUAAAUAUUUAUCACUGUAUACAUAUAUGUCAGAGUUUUAGAACUGGUUUGGUUGCGCCUCCAUUUGUUCAAUAUCCCAAGAAAUAGUUUAACAUUGCCUUUCCCCCAAAACGUCUUUAUUCGAACUUCGGGGUAAUAUAGACUUGUGUUGUAUAUAGCCGAAGAAACUAAUCUCCUAAAUACCCUUCUUUAUUGCCUAGCUUUGUACAUGCGACACGUACUUUGUGCAGUCAACAUUUUUCUUUCUAUCAAAUUUCCUUCCAUUAUAGUAUAGUAUAACUUUGCUUAUGUAUAUGCUUUUAAAAUCCGGUCUGUUGUCCUUUCACUGAUGUAUCCCCAACACUUACUAUCUUCGAUUUGUUUUUGUACGCAUGAAAUGCGCCUGCUUAUAGGUCACCCACAAAAUUACUUUACUCUGUCUUUGUAAAUUAUUUUCUCUUUUUAUUAAGAGUUCUAUUGUCUAUUAUGUCCUUUUAUGAAAUUGAAAAUCGGAUAAUUGGAUUAUGUGCUGUUGAAAUAAUUUGUUUGGUUUGUUGUAUCAGGAUUAAAAAUUACUCCUGACGUUUGGGAAUUAGCCCUAAAUUUAGUGGCUUUAGUCGUUCAGGAAUACAGAUAAUGCUUUCUUAGUUUGAUUUUCGGAAAAGCUUACUUCUGUAAUUAUGGUGUUUUAUCAUAAAAGUCAUAAUUUAUUCUUCGGAAAUACAGUUUGAGAUCUGCGAUUUUAAAUUCGGCACUAAAUACAAAUUAAAAACCAGGUAUUUGGGAACUCUAAAACCGGUUCCGCUUUCGUGGUGUAAAUAAUUCGUGUAGUAUACAUCUUGACGGUUGUUUUGUGUGGUGUGGUUGUCAUGUGCGUCCUGUUAACCAGUGAUCAAAUUGACUAAGUAAACCUUAUUAUCGCCCCAGCUAUUCAAGUGAUAAAUUGAAGGUUCAUGUCAAUGUGCAUCACUUCAGAAGUAAUGUGGUUAUACUUAAAUCGCAUUUGUCGGAGUGAAUCUUCAUCAUUGGACCUUAAAUGACCCAAGCGUUUCUAAAAACGCUUUUUGAGUCGUUACGUGUGAUUAUCUGUGCAAUAAGAUUAGGUUGCAAAUCAGUUUCGGGACUUGUGUUUAGUGGGACAAACCAUUUUGAAAACCUAGUUACAGAUACCUCUCUGGGUCAGGGUGAUAUAUUUUCCUAGUGAGGGGAAUUUUUCACCAAUUCACACGAUAUACGAUUCAUAAGAAUUCGAAAAUUUGGUUCGAACGUCUUAUGGUUUACUGCCAUUAUAAAACCACCUUUUUGGCUGGUAAUUGUAAUUUUUAAGUUGAGGUUUAAAUCGACAGAUUACUUAGUCAUUGUGUUGUAGUACGAUUCGCAUUUUAACAAGCUGUUCAUAUUCUUACUGCCUAUCAAUUCAUUCGUCGGUGAAUAAAGAGCGAUUAUUUGAUACAAAUCGUAGACGAAAAGCAUUAUGAUCAUUUAACUACGAGAUAUUAAUAAAUGGAACUCAUCAAAGUUAACAUUUAUAUAUGAAUGAGAUUAUCUUUGUGUUUCUUGUACGUUGAUAUUAAUGAUCAAUCAAAUUGUUUGCGAAUCUUCAGUGUUUUUCACAUCAAAUAAUUAUUGAUCCCAUUGUUGUUAAAUCAGUUUGAGACAAUAAAUAACUUCACAUGGUUUUACUUUGUUUCAGUUAGACAGCAAUUACCAAAAUUAAACGUGAAGUUCAACCUAUUACCAAUUUUUAUAAUUAUUCUUCACAUUAAACUAAGAUAACCAAAGUAGCUUAUGAGUAAGAUGUUUCGAAAAUGUUAUAAAUUUUUAAACAUGGAAAUGUGAUCUUGAUUGGUACGCGGUCGAAAGUGCUAAUCACUACCCAGACAUUUAAAAGGCUCAAAUGUAUUUAAUGAUUCAUUUCUUUUAUUAACGUUUUCGUUUUAAUGAGGUAGAUUGACAAAUGCAUCUCAUGUUGACUGAGUGCUGUGGUAAUUUUCUGUUUUUGAUUUAAUAUUGGCAGUUUAGUAAGCAUUACUCUUUCAUUUGUUUAGAGUUUACACUUUAGAUUGAAAUGCAUGUUUUAAACUACGCUACUCAGCGUAACUUCACAUAUAUGUUGAUGUGAAUCACCAACUAAAAUAAAAUAUAUAAUUUAAUGGUCUAUACGUAGACAUUUCAAAUCCUUGUGUUGUUAUAAGAGGAAUGUCGCUUACUUCGUACAGGCUAAUUUAUUUACUUUUAUUUUCCUCAUUUAAUCAUUUUGAAUGAUAAAUAAGGAAUUCGGAUAUCAGGUAAUAGUUUUCAUGUUUGAACCCCCUAAUUUGGUUCUAGGCAACUAGUUAAUAUCAUUAGUCUUUAUACAGCGUGAUUCUACGCCGGAUACAGAGCAUCGCACUAGGUAAGUGGAUUAUAUUCCUCCACUAGUCAGUUUCUCAUAUCUAACUACUUAUAAAAUCGUUUCGGGAUCGGAUUUCUCCCAGCAUACUUUCAUCAGUACUUAGCCCUUAGAAUCAAUCAAGAUUUAGUUGCUACCAUGCUCGAACUAGAAAUUUAUCCUUAUUAUAAGAAGUUCUAGUAGUUUCUAUAGGAAUUUCCUAAACGAUUUGAGUACUAUAUGAUUAUUUUGAAAUAAUUUGGAUUUUCGGGUGAUACUUAUCCUCGGGAUACAAUUGAUAUAUUUCGUAGAACUCAUUAAUUGCGUGUUCUCGUAAAAGGCUCACUAACUACAACGUUUUUUCCAAAUCACUGGGAUCUUGAAGUGAAUUCUGUAGAGAUAGCUUUUAUUAUUUUAUGAAUAUUUUUUUAUUUAGUGUUCCAAGGCGAUUAGAGUAAAAUAAUAAAUGUUGAGUUCAAUGAAUGGUCAUCGAUUCAUGCAAAAUUAAAUCAAAAUAGAAAAAUACACUACUGAAUAGUUUACAAUUAGUAGUAUAAGUUGGUGAGUAUUUCAUAAAAUUGCUUGCCAAUAAAUGUUGCUGAUCAUAUCAAUGUAGGGUAAUAAGUUGUUUGUGUGAGUGGAUAGGUGAUUAGCUCAGCUUCAUGCAAUAAAUAUUUUGAAAGGUUAUUCUUUUUAGGUGUAUAUCAAGCGAGCUUACCUGUAUACAAUACAAGGAAACAAACGUCAUUUUCAUAAAUGACUAUCACUUGGAACAAGUUUAUUCUAAAGAAUCACACCUUAUAAAAAAGGUUCUCUGAUGAUCAUAGAUAUUUUGAGGGCCGGAUUUAACACAGUUUCGUUGUAUUCCAGAGAUGUACCGGAAAACGAAAUAUCAUGUCUUGCAAUGCGAAAAGUAAACAUUAAGAGUCAUAGAAAAGAACGAUGAUUUUAAGUUAGUUUUGAAUAGAUUAUUUCUAACACCUCUAAGUCUAUAGAACCAUAUCUAGACAUGACUUUUAUGUUCAGUUACUUAGAUAUUUAUAGAUCUUUGCAACGAUAUUUCAAGGUAACUUACCAUCAGACGUAAAAAGGAUCCAUUCAAAGAAAAUAAAUUCGUUUGAGGCAGUCAUUUCUAUGCAUGAAGUAAUGUCUAAAUAAUAGUGUCAACUGGUUCCACCAGAGGUGAAUGGCGUCCUGAUAGGCGAUUCUAGUCAGUCGUUUUUCAUGGAAUUAGGUGUUAUAACUCACAAAAGUAGGAAAGGAUCGAGCACUAAGUUUUGUUCAUUUCUUUCAGAUGGCUAUUGCAUAUAUAAUCAAAACAAAAUAUGCCCUUCCUAAGCAGCUACAUCGAAUAUUAUCCAGAAACCUUAGUAACAUUUACAAAUAUAUAUCUGGGUUUAAAAUUGACCAUCACUUUCGAUACAUCGAAUCAGAAGUUACACCUUAUGAUAGUAUUAGUUAUACAAAUCUCACAUGAAUAACAAUCCUCCAAUCAGUUUGUAUGGUGCUCUGUAGUUCUUCAGCACUUGUGGUAUAUGCUACUGAUGUCGACAGAUAUAAGUAGUAUGUACCGUCGAUCGAAAGUGAAAUGUCUGGUAACAAGGUCAAGAAGAUCAAAGAAAAGAGAACGAGAAAAAAGAAUGGUUGGGGUGUAAGCAAAUGAACAAUGAAGUCGGAGACGAUUGACUGAUAUUUGCAAAAGGAACAGUCUAGUUUGAAACAAUUGAUUGACAUUUUGUAAAUGAAGUAUUCACUGUAUAGUUCUCAGAUCUUACCAAGAUGUUCUGUAAAUUUGUGUUUAAAUAUAUUCGAUUGUCCUCACUUGUGUUCUUGUUCACUACACUUUUACUGGAAAUGAUUUUUGUCAGGAUGGUUUACUAGAAAAGCAGUUAAAUAUGACUCGAGUGUAAUGAUUCACUAUAUAACUCAAUUAUACUCAUUAUCGAACUGUCUGUUAUUACUCAUUGUAAGUCAUCUCAAUUAAACGUAGUAAAUUGUGGAACACUGUAAGUUUUCAUUCGUUUCUUAUUUUAGUAGGAUUAUAAUUCCUUUCAAGUUGUGAUGUCCACAAAAUAUCUAGGUUCAUGACAUUUUGGUAUGUUCUUAAUUGCCAUUAAAUAACCGCAGAAAACCAACCAAAAGAAUAAAAAAAACUAGUAGAUUUAAUGAUAAUCUAGUUCACCUAUGGAAAACCUGAAAACUAGUGACACUGCAUACUAUGGAAGAGCUUGAGAGUCUUAACUUUUGAAACAAAGUAAAUUACCAUAAACAUCAUUUCACUACUUUCAAGCCAUCACAGCAUCCUUUUUUCAGUUGUAUUUGCUAGUCGAUAAUCCUCUAAGAAGAUCGAGAUUAAUUCAGAUAUACGAAUAACCAUCCAUGUUAUUAGCAGGGUUUUCGCGUGGUAACUGGAAAUGACAACUUGAUUUAACGAUAACGUAAUGGGUGAUUCAUCUAUACAUUGCUGGUGCAACGACGAGAUAGCUACCAAUAUUUCUGUCGGGUGUCUAAAGCUAAGGUAAAACUAUACCUGAUUUACGAUUAUUUAUUUGAACACAUAAAUAUUGGAACAAGAGAGCGCCAAUGUAUAUGCGCCACACAAAACAAUGACAAAUCGAAGAGAAAAAAAAGUAAGGAGCGCAAGAAAAAAAAGAGGACAAUAACGAAGGGAUUGGUGUAAGGUAGUGUGGUAGUAAUGAGGGAACGGAAAGGUACA